CAUUAAUAGAAGUUGGUCUGGCGGUUGAAUUGGUACGUCUUCAUAACAGAGAAACGUUAAUUACCCUGCAGGGGCGGCGCAGAUCGGACAUGGAAAACAGCAGCGCGGAGGAGGAGGGGGUGGCGGCGCCCCGCGGACGCGUCCAGAUCGACACCACGAAGCCAUUCCGGUCGGUGAAGGAGGCAGUCCUUUUGUUCGGCGACAGGAUCUUGGGUCCUGAAAUUUUUGCCAAACAAGUCACUACUCUUCAUCAGGUACAUACAGAAAGGGUAAUUGGAGUUGGAGAAAAGCAAACAAGAUUGGGAGCAGUAAAAGCAGAGCUUGAAGAUGCAAAGAAAGGGCUUGAAAAGGCAAAAGAGGAAGAAUUGUUCAUGGCACAUUGUCUCCAAUCUCUUAGGGAAGAGCUUGAACAGACAAAAAGAGAAAUCCAACAGCUCAAGGCGGCCGCAAAAUAUGGGCACCACAACAAGCAAGUAGCUUUCUUAGAUCCUGAGAUCGAAGAGCUCAAGUUCAUCGAAAAGGCGCUCCCGAAUCGUGAGGUCGACACUGGUCAUGACAAUGAGGAAGUGGAACUUUUUGAGAGAAAGAGGUCAGUCAAGUUUGCUAGUCCUCUAGGGCUGACCAGGGUGAUCACUCCUCCAAUAGAUUAUUCUGUCACUGAAAGUGAUCCAGAAAAGACUAGUAGCCCUUCACAAGACAAGAAGAAGUUGAAGAGGAAGCAUCUGAUCCCUCUAAUGGGAGCAUUGUUUGCAAAGAAAAAGCAAAAUCAAUGAUUCAAUUCUGCUCAUGUAAAUCCCCUGAAGAUGAAGGCCUUUUAGCUACUGUCCUCAUCAAAACAAAAAUGAAGUGAAAAAUGGUGUGGUUCGUGUAAGAUCGACACCAUAUCAUCUUGGUUACAAGUUUUUUACCUAAGCAUGGUUCUCAGUGCAUGUUGUUCUGACGUAUGUAUUCACAAUGUUCGGAAAUGAAGUAGUUCUUUUGAAUAUGUUGCAUAGCAGAUAUAUAAAAAUACUCCAACAAUAUAAUUAAACGCACAUACUUAUUGUUGGAUGUAAUGUUGUAAGAGCAUUAGAUUGAGUCUUCUGAGACAAUUAUUCUUCUAUUAUUUGUCGUUCAAUCGAUCGAGUAUGACUAGUACAAAUUUUCU